AUGGAUGAAAUAGAUUUUUCACGUGAGAAAUCCGUGUUGUUGUCGUCGUCGUCGUCGUCGUCGUCGGACUCUAGUGAAAAUUGCGAAGUUUGUGGAAGUUAUCACACGCCGUUAAAUAGUCCACCGAAGAGCGCGGAAGACGAGGGGAUUUUUUUGACUCCGUUAAAUGAAUCCCCGGUGAAAGAACCUGAAAAUCUCAUCAUGUACACGUCGCACGUUCGUUUAAAAAAUUCAACGUCAUCCCUGUCCGACAUAUCGUGUGAUCAUCAUCUCAUCCCGGAUCAAAAAAUCCAACAUCCGAAACAAGACUCGUAUUUUCUCCUACCUCCUCCUCAUUCUUCUUCUUCUCGUAAAAGCACGAGUUCGAAUAAUAAACCAUCGGAGUCUCUUCAUUCUUCACCGAUGAGAGGAAACGAUGAUUCGGAGGAACGUUAUUCCGUUCAAUUCGACGAGGGAAAAAAUCCAGAGAAAAUUCAAAGCAGCACCGUCAGAAUUCAAUUGUUUCCGAAGAAACCGACGGGGAAUUCCCUAGAACCCUAUCCGUACCUUCAAUUGCAUUCUUUUCGUCCGAUCGGUGCAAGCGGAGACGACGGGACGGAAUGUAAGGAAAUAUUCGAUGCGGAUGAAGAAGAAGAAGAAGAACGGGAGCAGGAAACGGAACACGUAUUGAAAAAGUAUACAAAGUCGCCGGAAUUUUUACAACUCAAGGAUACGGUCAACGCGGAUGAAAUCAACGAUAAAGUAAACGAAGUCAAGAAAAUGUUGCAAUCUUAUCCCCCUCCUGUCGUCGAACCCUCUCCCCUCAAAGACAUUAUAAACACGCCGAAAAUGAAAAACUCUUUGGGAAACAAUUCCGUGAUGACGGAUCGAAAACACGAUCAACUAAUGAAUCAAACUAGGAAGCCGCUGUGUUAUUCGAACGCUCUGUCAAUUUCGACUCCGGAAAAUCUAUACGGAACCGUGAGGGAAACAGGGUCAAAGAGGAGCAAAGGGUCUUCCAAUUUGUUUUCGCACCAUCGGAAAUCAUCCUUGGACAGCUUGAGCACGGACACGGAAAAUCGUAAAAAUUCACUGGAAGAAUUUUACAACAGGUACAAAUGUCCAUUUUUUAAAAAUGACGAGGGUGGAAAUUUCUACGUAUCGAAAGCGUACAUUUCUCCGGACAAAAAUUUAAUUGGGAAAUUUUCCGUCGAAAUCCCCGAUGUCGUCGCGGAUGAUGAUGAUGAAAACGUUGGAAAAUGGGAAAAAAACGCAAAUGCGGCGGCGGAGAAUUAUAAAAUGGAGGAAAGCGAUUCGAGUAAUAAAAAUUUGAACGUAAUUAACCCAUCAUCAAGUGAUAUCAAAGAAAAAUCUUCGAGCUUGAAAAAUUUGCUUAAUUUUGAUUCUGUGCCAAUGAAAGAUGUCAAUUCAAGUGGGAAGUCAUCGGAAUCAUCUUAUGACCUUUCCAAGUUAAAAAAACCUUCUUCUCGCCUCGUCGAUCUCUUGGAAUAUUGCAAGAAAAAUCCAAAGGGUAAACCUUGUGUCGUCGUGAGUCCCUCAAAGCCGUUUUCUUAUACCGCUUUAUCACCCGAAGAAAUAACUCCAGACAAUUCUUUUAAAAAUCUACCCGCGAAUUUCGACAGACUUCACGAUAGUCGGGAUGAUUUUAAAAUCCCGUUAUCGAGCGUUCCCUUCACUCCCGUCACGUCCAGGGAAAGAAUGAAGAAUUUCGGAUGUUGCGUAAAGCAAAAAAAGGAUUCGUCUUUUAUGCCGUUGAAAAAUGACAUAGAAUAUGAAAACGAAGGAGGAGGAGGAGAAGAAGAUGAAGAUGGCGACAACGAAGACGUUUCCUGUAGUCAAUCCGUUAAAAAAAUAUUCUCAUCCGAACACAAGGGAAAUUAUUCAUGGAUGAAAAGUAAAGGAAAGGGAGGAGGAGGUGAUAAAGAGGGUGGAAAAAGAAAAAUGAAACAAGCCAAAUCGUCAUCGACGGAUGAUGAAAAAAACAAACAAAAAGUUUACAGAUUGGAUCAAUCGUACUGCGACGUAUUAAAUCAAUUACACGACGAUAUGCUUCUCAAGCAGAGGAGUAAAGGACCUAAAAAAGAAAUUGGAAGGAUGUGCAGGUCGGAUCCUCCUCAUGCGAACACGUCGAAGGACGGGAUGAAAUUCCCCGGAGGAGAGGAAACGAAAACAAUUUUUUGUGAUACUCGUAAAAAUUCAGGAAUAGAAUCUUAUUACGAUUUCAACGUGAAAUCAGAGCCUGACCCGUUCGCCGAGUACCUGGAAUUCGAACGGGAACCGUAUUCGAAGAGACCCGUCGUCGUCGCCACCGCCACCGCCGCCGCUGCCGCCCCCCCUAAGGAAAAGGGAAAACUCGAAAGAAUGGAAUCGUUUUACGACAAUAAAAUAUCGAACGGUGGUGUCAAAUUGGAAAGACUCGAAUCCCUGUACGAAAAUCACAAUAAGAAAACGUCCAAAUCCGAGGAAAAAUUCUGCCCGGUCGAAAGUCAUCCCGUAAAACCUGAAAUCCUCCUCGGAGUGCCUUAUUUUCCCGAUCGGGAAUUGGGAGAGGAAAAAAAUAAUUUACCCAAACCGCUCAUGACGUAUUUACCCUCCGAAUGGUGGCCCGUGGUCGACGCACCUAAAUCUGAUUUGGCUUGGAAUCAGAAUCAUACGUUCGAGGAAUCGGAUUGCAUAACGAAAAAAAAUGGAAGAAAAGCAUCUCCUUUAGCAGCAGACAGACUACGUACUUUGUUUCUUUUUUUGAUUGAUGAUUCAAAACCGAAAGAUGACUUUAAAUAG